GAAUGGUUGACCAAUGACCAUACACCCACCACACCACAUCUAUCGUCCCCGCGUGUGGAUAAGCCGAGCCGUGCGUGCACACCAACUCAACACAAAACUCCAAAAACCAACAACGAAUCAUACUAUUACUUACUCAUCGUUGCAUUUUCCUCUCCCUAAUCUUAAUCUCAAACACCACCAUGCAAUGCCCCCUUCGCUCGCUCAAAACCAUACAUAGAUAGCCUUUUUGAUUCAGAAAGCUACGAUGUCCGUUGAAGCCAGACGACUUGCCGUUUUGUGCGCCCACCUCAACCCGACCCGCUUACUACCGGACCCUCCCUCUAGUCCACGGGUUUCUCUUACGGGUUCGGCCUGUGCUUCUGAUUCUGAUACCCAAAACCACACUUUGCAAAACGAUUGCGUUUUCUGCAAGAUUAUCCGUGACCAAUCACCAGCUGUCAAGCUUUAUGAAGAUGACAUGUGCCUCUGCAUAUUGGAUACAAGUCCACUGAGUCAUGGGCACUCUCUCAUUAUCCCAAAAUCUCAUUUCCCUUCACUGGAUGCCACUCCUCCAUCAGUGGUAGCUGCAAUGUGUUCAAAAGUGCCCUUCAUUAGCAAUGCAAUCAUGAAGGCUACUGGCUGCAGUAUGUACUUCAAUACUUGUUCAUUCAACCUGUUGGUCAACAAUGGGGCAGCUGCAGGCCAAGUAAUAUAUCAUACGCAUAUGCACAUAAUUCCUCGUAAAGCAUAUGAUUGCUUAUGGGCUUCUGAGAGUUUGCUAAGGCGACGCCUUAAUUUAGAGGAUGAGAAAGUUUCUCAGCUUGCAGCUCGUAUUCAGAAGCAGUUAUUGCCAUCCGACAUUUGCCAGGACAGCAAGAAUGAAAGUUUUUGUUCAAGUAAAAGUUAGUUGAAUUAUUGAUCUGUUGUAACUUAUGAGUUCAUAUUUUCAUUUAGAGGAAUCAUACAUGCAAAUAAAAAUAAUCUAAUGUAACACUCAAGUUCAAAAAUUGAGUAGUUGGGAUUUAUUAACCAUUGCUUUAAACCCAACCAGAAAAUUCUCAACUACUCAAUUAUCGAAUAUGAGGGUUAUGUCAGAUAUUUUGAAUGUACAUGCAUAAUUUCUCUUUUAUUUAUGUGCCUAUAUGUACAGUUAAAAAUUUUAUUUAUCGGUUAUAUAUUUUAAAGAAGGAUUUUUACUAGAAGAAUACAUUUCUAUAAUUCCCUAUGUCAAUAUUCUUAAGCU